CCUGUAUGCAUAUUGUUAGUGUUGUUCUCUCAUUCAUCAGAUGUGCAGCUAGAAUAGGAGCUGGCGUACACGUGGACAGACAGCAACAUCACUUACGGUAUACUUGGCGAAACCAUCAGCAGCGACACCUGCGGCUGACACCUUGUUCAGCGCCAUCUGGCGGCACAUCCGGACUCCAUGGGGAGGGUCGUGCAAAGAUCGGCGUCAUAAUACGAAACUGUUUUAUCUAAAAUGCAUUUAUUGUCUAGGGUGACUAAAACGUUGUGACUUACUGAGUGGGAUGAUUGUGGCCAGCGUUUGCUAGCAGUUGACAGGGGUUGUUAAACAGAUACCCCGCUUGGAGUCUUUAGUUCUCAGGUAUACGAAUGCGGUAUUGAAUCUUGACAAAAGUGGGAAAUAGAUUUAGACACGAUCAGCAAACGCAGCGCCUAUUUCAGCAACAAUGGUGUAUGUGUCGGCAUCGACGUUGACGGUGUCCUGUGUUGUAACAACGAUGGUGUGUGCGACACUAAUGACGUUCUGUGCAACUGAAGGUGUUCAAUUCCAAGGUCACUUGAAACCCCUGGGGAGUUAUCACCCUUUGCACGACAUCCCAGUAAUGGAGGGUAUACCCACGCCGCAGUAUUUCUACGAGUGGUUUGUGAGGCCAGGUCAACCUGUGUUAUUGAGGUCGGCGUUAAACAACCCUAGUUUCAAGUACCCGGCAUACAAACUCUGGAACGAUGACUAUCUCAGUCGGAGGUUUGGUGACCUUGUCGUCACAUUCGAGCACCACAAGAAGGAGACGCGGAAGGAUACAGACGGUGCCAUGGGGCUGUUCCGCACGUUCCUGAACCAAUACAACACGUCCGAUGUGUACCUUGUGAUGAACGUGGCGCAGAUCAGCGGCAUGGCGGAGGACAUAUUCCUGCCGCCAUUUGUGACGUGUGGAGGAACGCAGAAACUGAUGACGUUAUACAACCUUUGGUUCAGCAGUGGCGGGACGAAGUCCGUGCUCCAUUCGGACUCCAUGGACAACAUCAACUGCCUCAUGGACGGCACCAAAGAUUUUAUUUUCAUUGACAAAAGAUAUAAGCCUCAAAUAGAAGCUUCCGGGUUCAACUCAGAACGAGGCUUUAGCACAGUGGACGUGGACCGGGUCGACCUUGUCAAGUUUCCUGAGUUCAAAUCCAUUCCCUGGCUCAAGGCUGAGAUGAAAAAAGGAGAUUGUCUCUUUAUACCGGCCAACUGGUAUCACCAGGUUUACUCACACCAAGGCCGGAAUCUGGCUUCUAACGUGUGGUUCGAACACCCUCUGUGGUUCAACACCACCGACUGUGAGAGGACCACCCAACUCCCCCUUAAUGAGGCGCCACCCAUAACCCCACAGAACUUCCUCAGACUUAACCUGUUUUCGGAACUGGAAGGGAAGGACCGAAUCUACCAGGACAAUUUGCACUACAUGGUGAAGGACGUACAGUAUGCCAAGCAGGUGUACGACUACUUCAACACUGACGGCGACGACCAUGUCACCUGGGAGGAACUGUACCAGGCCGACGUGUACGACUUCACCACCAGGUUUAAGGACAUGUUAAGGGAUACCGCCGAGACGAUCAUGCGCGGCUACCCCUACGACCUCAUCGACGGAGAGAACAAGGAUCAAAGCCAGGCCAAGGAAGAACUUUGACACCUGUACAUUUACAACAAUGAACAUGUACUCCUUGACUUCAGUUGUCUUACAGAUGGUAACUAUG